AUGGACACCACCGAUGACGGCCAUACUGGCCCCCGUGCGCCUUGUCCUACCUCCGUUGCUGCAUCCGCCCUUCUACCCAUCCGAGAUGGUUAUUCACCACGGAGAACCGACUUUGGCGAUAACCGAGACGACGAUGCUGAUUCCGAUACUGAAUUCGCCUCCAUCAUGGCCUCAUCCAUGCUGAACGGCAUUCACAACACUGCUUCCAACCCCGUCUCUCCGGGCUCUUCCAGCCCUUCUCACGACCAAGCCAAGACAUCCGAUUUUGUCCCCCCCACGAGACCGAGCAGCACGCCGUUUCCUCAUCCCGAUCACCGACAUUCUAAGCCAUGUUGUCUGAACGGAUUUUCGCACGGCGCCGACGAGAAUCUUGCCGCGGACUCCGCGGCUUCAUCCGACACUGAGCCCAUCAUCUCACACCCAGAAACGAACUUCAACGAUUUACCGAUUGAGGUUCAUGAAGCCAUUCUAGACCACCUUUUUGGGUACCGAGUUUCCGCUACAUCUCGAAGCUCCAUGGCCGUGUCGAGUAUUAGCAAGAGCUGGGGAACAGCGCUUAGACACUCAAGGAGAAGGGAAUUGACCGCACUGGCGCUUGUGAGCGACAUCUGGAGAGUUCUCGUCCAGCAGCGACUUUAUCGCCAUAUCAAACUCAAGGCGACCGUGGAUUGCCUAGAAGAUGCCAUGGUGCACUUAGCAAUGCACGAGCAUUUGCAAACCUAUGUCAAGCAUAUCGAGAUCUGGUUCCCUGUUUUCCAGCCCACCUAUGGUCCAGUCGCUCUAUCUAACAGUCUGACGCUACCAACGGUGACAAUGGAAGGAUUAACCAACGCUACAUACACUUUGCCAGGUAACAACUGCACCCUCGAGCAGGUUUUCCAAUUUGUCGGACAAACUCUACCCCAGACAAGAGUUUUGACAUUGGAGGGAGGCGAGCGACGAAAGGCUCCGAGAGUCCUUCACUUUCCCGAACAAAGGAUCGAUCCAGCUAUUUACAAAUCGCUGCCGACACUCCAUUCAGUGCAAACCCUCGUGACAAGAGGCCAAUGGAAUCUCAUGAGGGAUAACCAGGACUUUGCAACAGUUCUGAACGCGCUACCAGGUCUUUACGAGUGGCAGGGUUCGUAUAGUAAACCGAAGUCUAAGAGCUACAUUACAAUGGCCGAGUUUCUUCCACAACUGCCGCGCCAUAUCACGAAUCUGAGCGUUUGCCUCGAGAGUGACUAUCGCCGAGAAGGAGUCAUGCCUCCAUUCUACUCCAAGGUUAUCCAAAAGACACACAUCUGCGCAAGAAUGGCUGAGACGCUACCCUUUCUGGAGCACUUUGCGUAUACUGGUCGUGUUUGCCAUCAAUUCUUCGACAUAGCGACGCGAUUGACAGAUUCACGAGACUAUCGACUUAAGACGCUGGACCUGACUGUCAAGAACUGCUGUCGCUACAACACUAGCUUCCACGAGGCUGGUUCUGGUAUCCAAGAUAUGGGAUUUAUUGAUGCGUUUGAGAGGCUGGUUCUGUCAGCGAUUCGAUCGCUGGAAAAGCUCAAAGGGGUGGUUUACCUGAGGAUUCGAUUUGUUGAUCUCGAUUCUGUUCUGCCACCUCUCAACCCCUUCUUUAUCAUGCGCAAUGGCGCAUGCUCUGGCGUGUGGAGUGAGAGAAUCCUGGCCGAGAUGGGACGUGUCCGUCCCGAUGUUCACUUUACAGAAUUGAGCGAGUCGUUUGGCAACAUCGUCUACAACAAAGAUGGAAGAAUGGUCAUUACGCCCGAGCCCCCGAAGACGAAGAUUACAUCGCUCAAAUUAUCAAACUACCGCUCCCUCGCGACAGGCAUCACAAUCCAGUAG